AUGGAGCAAAAGGAGUCAAAUCACCAAGUUCCCAAGUCUAGAGCACCAAAAUCUACAUUUCUCGCUAAAGACCAAACCGGAGCAUCCGAAGUACAGCCGCAUGUUCAGGGCCGUCCCGUAGCUAAAGCUGUGAAUUUGGUCGGGCCGGCCUUGCGCAUGUUCAUGCCUUCCCGACGUCCAAAAGUCAUGAUUCUUAUAUGGAAAGAUAGAUAUUUGAGUUGUGACCCGCGGCGAAGUGGAAAGAGGUCAUUUGGAUCAUUCAUUUGGCCGGAACUUAUUUUCUACCAAGACAUGUCCGGCAAACGCCUAAGUAGAGCCCAUGGAGACUUUAAUGGAUCAAGAGGCCUGGGAUACUGCGCCCAAGGCCUUGGAUCGUCUUUACACUAG